AGAGAACAGUACUCAGCACUUGAGGCUGGAGCGGCUUCUGUCCCGUAACGAUUCUGCAUUCUAACUGACAUCCUGCACUCCUGCAGGAUAUACUGAAGCAAGGAGUCUCUCCAUACCACCAGACUCGCAGUGAUACUCGCUAGACAGCCUUUGAAUCAUGUUUACCGUAUCGGAGCUGGUUGUCUUGCUGGCCGUCAUGACUGCCACUGCGUCGGGCUACUUCGUUAGCAUAGACGCCCAUGCCGAGGAAUGCUUCUACGAGCUGGUCAACUCCGGCACCAAGAUGGGCCUCAUGUUUGAGGUGGCCGAAGGAGGCUUUUUGGACAUCGAUGUUGAGAUAACAGGACCCGAUGGAAAGCAGAUUUAUAAAGGUGACAGGGAGUCCAGUGGGAAAUACUCGGUGGCAGCUCACAUGGACGGCACCUACAAGUUCUGCUUCAGCAACAAGAUGUCAACCAUGACACCCAAAAUCGUCAUGUUCACAAUUGAUAUUGGGGAGGCACCUAAAGGCCAAGAUAUGGAGACAGAAGCCCACCAGAACAAGCUGGAGGAAAUGAUCAACGAGCUGGCGGUUGCAAUGACGGCCGUGAAGCAUGAGCAGGAGUACAUGGAGGUCCGUGAGAGGAUACACAGAGCAAUCAAUGACAACACAAACAGCAGAGUGGUGCUGUGGUCGUUCUUCGAAGCCCUGGUUCUGGUGGCGAUGACACUUGGACAAAUUUACUACUUGAAGAGAUUUUUUGAAGUACGGCGAGUGGUGUAGCGCAAUUAAACGAUCCCUCUGUCCUCCACUGUUUUCUCCAACACCAAGACAGUUACACUCUGGAAAUGAGACUGGCAGUUUUGCGAAACGCCCACAUAUGAUUGGACCUCAAAUGUUUUGUUCUCCUGUUACCUAUAUUCUCCCUUCUUUAUAAAUGUAAUUAGUCUAUGUUUGAAACAAAUGGCCAACAGAUUCUGGGAUAGAUGUUAAUUUCAUUAGGUUUUUUUUGUUAACUUUUUUGUCCAAUAUUGUUUGAUAAUUACAGUUAAGUACCAAUUAAAUGCCAGUACAGUUUUGCCUGUAUGAAUGACUGCAAGGCUCAUUUAAGUAAAGGUGAUAAAAAAAACAGACUUACUGUAGAAAUGUGUGUCAGUGGAUAGGUGUGUGAGGAGUCACCACAGGAGAAUAUAGCUCUCAUUAAGAUUGGACUGGAACCCAUUUCAAAUGAUCUGACUGCAGUAGCUCAUUGUCUGAGAUGCAGGGGACUUUGUUUCUCAUGUCUAAGCCAAGUCAGACAAAGCACUGUCGAAUAUAUGAUAUCUGAACGUUGUGUUAAUGCUCUCUAACACCAAAUUGCACUCCUGAUGGAUAUGUCUAAAUAUCUUAAGGAUUUACAUUGCAGCUGGUCUUUAAAGGAAACUACAGCUUCUAGCUCUAUCGGUUCAUAGCGAUCCAGGCUGCGGGGGGUUCAGUGGACAGCUUGACUCCCUGGUUAGUUCAGAACUUUAUUCAACAGGCAAGAGCUUUUUUUUUGGCC